UUUAUUGCAGAAGAUGGUAAUGAGAAGUUUUGGCAGUUCUUGGAAACUGUACGAGAGCUAACAGUUUAUAAGCAAGGAGAUUCAGAGUAUUCCUAUUACAAUUUAAUCUUGAAGAAAGCAGGACAAUUUUUGUCCAAUUUGCAAAUCAAUCUGUUGAAGUUUGCGCUUUCCAUACGGGCAUAUUCUCCAACUGUUCAGAUGUUUCAGCAGAUUGCAGCUGAUGAACCUCCACCAGAAGGCUGCAGUGCGUUUGUGGUUAUCCAUGGGAAGCACACCUGUAAGACUAAUGAAAUAAAGAAGCUGCUGAAGAAGGCUACUAAGAGACCCAGGCCAUAUCUUUUUAAGGGAGAUCAUAAAUUCCCAACUCUGAAAGAGGACGUCCCAGUGGUUGUUCUUUAUGCAGAAAUGGGAACGAAAGACUUUGUCAAAUUCCACAAGGUUUUAUCUGACAAGGCACAAAAGGAGGAGAUUGUUUAUGUUCUCCGGCAUUACGUUCAGAAACCAAGUUCCAGAAAAAUGUAUUUAUCUGGAUAUGGUGUAGAACUUGCAAUAAAGAGCACAGAAUAUAAAGCAGUAGAUGACACACAGGUUAAAGGAGUAAAUGAUACAAAGGAGGAGGAAGAUGAGGAGGAUGAAAGUGAUGUCCAAGGAUUUCUCUUUGGCAAAUUAAAACAGAUGCAUCCUGACCUGAAAAAUAAUCUGAAUGAGUUUAAAAAACAUCUAAUUGAAACUAGUAACAUCAUGGAACCACUGAAGGUUUGGGAACUACAGGAUCUUAGUUUUCAAGCAGCUGCUCAAAUUAUGUCUGCCCCUGUUUACGAUGCCUUAAAAGUAAUGAAAGACCUAGCUCAGAACUUCCCAAUAAGAGCCAGAUCACUGACGAGAGUGCCUGUAGACAAGAAAAUGCGAAAUGAAAUAGAAGAAAAUCAGAAGCAUUUUCAUGAAAUACUUGGAAUCCAACCUGGAGAAGCACGUUUAUUUCUAAAUGGCCUUCAUAUUGACCUGGAUUUUCAUGAUCCUUUUAGUAUCUUAGAAACUCUUAAACUGGAAGGAAAAGUGAUGCAUGGCCUUCAUGAACUUGGAAUCAAAGAGGAGGUACUGAGUAAAUUGAUGAGGUUGCAUAUACAUCCUACAGAUGACAAUUAUGCACUAGAUAUUCGUCACUCUUCGAUAAUAUGGGUUAAUAAUGUAGAACAAGAUCAUAGCUAUAGCAUAUGGCCUGCAAGCUAUCAGGAACUGCUAAAACCUGCCUUUCCUGGAGUUAUACAGCAGAUCAGACGCAAUUUAUAUAACUUGGUACUAUUUGUUGAUCCUCUUCAAGAAGAUACAGGUGAUUAUAUGAAACUGGCAGAAUUAUUCUAUCAUCAUGAUGUACCGCUUAGAAUUGGAUUUGUUUUCAUUUUAAGUACAAAAGAAGAAGUUGAUGGAAAUGAGGAUGCUGGAAUAGCUCUUUGGAGAACUUUUAAUUACAUUGCAGAGGAAUCUGACAUCUCUCAAGCCUUUACCUCGAUAAUUAAUAUGUACCAUGAAGUGAAAGAUGGAAAUGUUCUAACAGUAGAUCAUGUGAAAGAUGUUCUUAGAAGCGAAUACCCGCACGCUGAUGUUCAGAGUAUCCUAGAUGUUCGUUCUGAAUACGAUGAAGGGAGGAAGGCAGGAGCAACAUUUUAUAAAAAGACUGGCCUGGGUCCAUUGCCUCAAGCUCUGUUUAAUGGCGUGCCCUUUAACAGAGAAGAGAUGGAUGCUGCAGAGUUAGAGACAGUUAUUCUUCAGAGGAUUAUUGAUGCCACCGGGUUCUUCCAGAGGGCAGUGUUCAUGGGUUUGUUAAAUGAUCAUAUAAAUGCAGUGGAUUUUCUUAUGGAUCAGCACAAUGUAGUUUCCCGUAUGAACCCCACUAUUCUUGGAUCAGGAAGAAGAUAUAUACAUUUCAGACCCACAUCCGUUCCAUUUGAAGUGGAAGACUUCUCUACUUUCUCCUUCUUGGACUCACAAGAUAAAAGUGCUGUAAUUUCAGACAACAUGAAGUAUUUAACAAAAAAGGCUGAAGAUGCGUUAUAUGCUGUUACUGUCUGGAUUAUCGCUGAUUUCGAUAAGCCAGCCGGGCGACGACUGCUUUCUAAUGCCUUGAAACACCUGAAAACAAGCAGUCAUACCCGAGUUGGGAUUUUGAACAACCCUUCAUCAAAAAUAAAGGAAGAGAACACAGCCAUUGCAAGAGGAAUUUUGACUGCUUUUCUAACCCAAAACAACAGCAAUUUAAAAAGUUUUCUCAGUAAACUCAUUAAGGAAGAGACAGCAAAAUCCCUUGCUGCUGGAACUAAAAUUGCUAAAUUUGUCAUCCCAGGAAUGGAUGACAGUACUUUUGAGAAGAAGUACAACACUUUAGGACUGGAUUUAAUUAAAACCCACCAGAUGUUCUGCCAGGAGGUUCUUAAGCUGCUCCCUGGGCAAAUGGCUGUUGUGAGCAACGGCAGGAUACUGGGUCCCUUAGAUGAAAAUGAAUUCUAUGCAGAAGACUUUAAUUUGUUGGAAAAAAUCACAUACAGUACCUCAGCAGAGAAGAUUAAAGCUAUUGUCAAAGAGAUGGGAAACAGUAGUAAAAG